AUGGGUUCUUUCCACUCGUUUCCACCAACACCACAAGAAAAAGCGCUUUGUAGUGUCUCUUUCUUUCCUCCCAAACCGUCAUACAAUACUUGUCAUUUUUGUACAAUUAGACACCGCAAAGUUCCAUAUAAAGUAUACAGACCAAAGAUUCCAAGUGAUGUCUAUAUUCUAUUUUCACAUGGCAACGGUCUUGACAUGGGGCAAUGUGUCAGUGUCACUGAGAAGUUUCCUGACAUGACACAAUCAAAUGUUGUUGUAUACGACUACUCUGGUUAUGGUCUUAAUCCAUGUGAAUUAAGUCCACAAAAUAUUAUAGAAGAUAUCACUGCAAUGUACUUGAUGAUUCUUAAAGAGAUGAAGGUCAAGCCGCAUAAUAUCUUUAUUAUGGGACACUCUAUGGGUGUUGGUCCUACACUUCAGCUUGGUGCGAUGAUAUGUGAAAGCAAGUUAUUAAAGAAUGAAGGCGUGAGUAAAGAUGAUAUUGGAGGAGUUAUUGAAUUGAGUGGGUUCACAACGUGCAGAGAAUGGAUUCAAGAAAAAAUGAAAGAUUCUAUUUUUGAAACGGACUUCUUUUUAAAUAUAGAAAACAUCACAAUAAUUACUGCACCUAUUUUUGUGGGACAUGGUCAGUUAGAUAAUAUUAUUAAUCAAAACCACGGGAGAAAGUUGUGGGAACACGUAAUAAAUAAAGAGACGUCUACUUGUGUGUUUUCUGAUAUGUGCACUCAUUCUAAUAUUUUUAAUGUUGAUGAGAUGGUUCUUCAAAUUGCAAAAUUUGUUAAAAUACACAAAGAAAAAUCAAUUUAA